AUGUUUGGUAAUACGAACAAAAAAAAAUUAAUUUCGACAGCUAUACCAACAAUAUUCGAAUUUCAUUGGACUUUGGAAAAUUCUGUUUUUCAUUAUAAUCCUCAAUGGAAAUACUAUGAUGAAGAUGUUGUUAAUAUUGGCUUAAUGAGUAAUAUAAUAUGUAAACAUUGUCAUAGUAUGAAAUUUAUCGGAGAGAGUAAAGGCAUGUGUUGUUCUAAUGGAAAAGUGAGAUUAGAUCCUAUUCAAUCUACACCAUUUCCAUUAAAUACAUUACUUCAGGGUGAAACAAAUGAUUCUAAACACUUUAUGGACAAAAUAUGUCAAUAUAACUCUAUAUUUUCUAUGACAUCUUUUGGUGCUACUAAGAUAGAAGGAGACAAUUUUAUGUCUACUUUUAAAAUUAGAGGCAUUAUUUAUCAUCGCAUUGGAUCAUUAUUGCCUAUAGGCAAAGAUGAACCCCAAUUUAUGCAAAUGUAUUUCACAGGUCAAGAUGAAAAUAUAGAAGCUGAAACCCGAAUGUGUCAUCAACCAAGUGUUAGACAACAUAUUGUAUUACAGCUCCAGAAUAUGAUGCAUCAAAUAAAUUGUUAUGUAUUAGAAUUUAAAGCAGCUCUUCAAAAUAUGCCAUCAAAUGACUAUAAAAUUGUUAUCCAUGCUAAUAAAACACCUACAGGUCAAAAUCCUGGACGUUUUAACGCUCCUACUGUUAAUGAAAUGGCGGUAGUCAUAGUUGGGCAAGAACAUGGCAGAAGAGAUAUUGUUAUAGAACGACAAAAUGGGACUCUACAAAGAAUUAGCGAAACCCAUAGAUCUUAUGAUGCACUGCAGUACCCAUUAAUUUUUGUGAGUGGUGAAGAUGGUUAUGCCAUCAAUAUUGCUUCUUUUGAUGUACAGUCAAAUGAUUAUCAUACCACUAAAACAGUGUCUGCCCAAGAAUUUUAUUCUUAUAGGCUUAUGAUACGGCAUGAAUCUUAUAACCAUAUUCAUCAUUACCGUCAACUAGCAAAUAUGUUUUGGGUUGAUAUGUGGGUAAAAAUUGAAAGUGAGAGAUUAUUAUAUCUGCGUAAUAAUCAAGCUCAAUUAAGAUGUGAAGAUUAUAUUCAUUUAAGAGAUUCAAUAGCUCAUGAUGGAAAUGUAGAGAAUACUGGUCAACUUUGUAUACUACCAUCAACUUAUACUGGAAGCCCUAGGUAUAUGCAUGAGAAGACACAGGAUGCAUUAGUGUAUGUAAGACAUUUUGGAUGUGCAAAUCUCUUCAUUACAUUUACCUGCAACCCAAAGUGGACUGAGAUAACCAGAGAAUUGUGGCCUGGGCAAAAACCACAAGAUAGACAUGAUAUUAUAGCAAGAGUUUUUCAUCAAAAAAUUAUGAUUCUCAUGAAAUUGAUAACGAAAGACAAAAUUUUUGGAACAUGUCGCUGUUAUAUGUAUAGUGUUGAAUGGCAAAAGCGGGGACUUCCUCAUGUUCAUAUUUUAAUUUGGUUAACUGAAAAAAUUCAACCUAAUAAAAUAGAUAGUUUUAUCAGUGCAGAAUUUCCAAAUCCUUUGAUUGAUCUUGAGUUAUUUGAUAUUAUUAAAAAUAACAUGAUUCAUGGACCGUGUUCCCAAAUAAAUACUCGAGCGCCAUGUAUGGGAGACAAUUUCAAAUGUACAAAAAGAUAUCCUAAAUCAUUUGUUUCGGAAACUAUUACAAGCGAGAGUGGAUACCCAAUAUAUCGUAGGAGAAGUCCAAAUGAAGGUGGUUUUCAAACAGAAAUAACGAAAAAUUCUACUACAUUUACUAUUGACAAUAGAUGGAUUGUUCCUUAUUGCCCUCUACUAUGCAAAAUAUUCAAAGCGCAUAUCAAUGUAGAGUAUUGUUGA